GAGGGGAGUGGAGGAGAGAGAGAGAGAGAGCGUCGCCAUUACUGCCUGGCAGUGCUGCUGAGAGGGGAGGGAGCAGGGAGAACCAGGUUUCGGCUUACAUCGCAUACCACACUAACAGCACCAAAAUACUCGUAAAUACAGGCUUACCGGCCGUCUGGGACUGGGGGGGAGUACACUUUUAACUAAACCUGACUUUGGAUUUUGUCCGAGGACUCUCAAGACCGCAAACUGUGGAUUUAAAAACGGAGUUUUGGCCAUUUAAUGUGGGAAUGCUUUCUGCUCAUCUCCGUGGUAUGUGGAUCUGGGAGCGACCAUGUUAUUAGGCAGGUGAUAAAAGGAGGAGCUGGCUGCUCUAUCCCAGCUUAAAGAAGACCCAGGAUAGAAACUGAGAGAGGUACAGAUUUGGAGCGGGAUUUGCCCCUACCAAGGAAAAAUCGGAAUGAAAGUGCCUCUGUGCCACUGACAAGCAGAACUGGAAUGAUAUCUUGACUUUUUUCCCUGGAAGUGACAAAGUUAGCGAUGAGCCGGGGGAUAUAAUGGCCAAGAACAAGGAUGCGCGCCCCCCAACAUUCGCCGUCAGUGUGGUCGGCCUCUCUGGGACGGAGAAAGAGAAGGGAAACUGUGGCGUGGGCAAGUCCUGCCUGUGCAAUCGCUAUAUGCGUCCUGAUGCAGACAACUACUAUUCAGAGCAUACCUCCGUGCUGAGCACAAUAGACUUUGGUGGACGCGUGGUUAACAAUGACCACUUUUUGUACUGGGGGGAGGUGUCCCAGCGAGGGGACGAUGGGUUGGACUGUAAAAUCCAAGUCAUUGAACAAACAGAGUUCAUUGAUGACCAGACAUUUCUUCCACAUCGAAGUACGAAUCUGCAGCCUUACACCAAACGGGCGGCAGCAACUAAGCUCCAGUCUGCAGAGAAGCUUAUGUACAUCUGCACGGACCAGCUGGGCCUGGAGCAGGACUUUGACCAGAAGCAGAUGCCUGAUGGGAAGCUGAACAUUGAUGGCUUUGUGCUCUGCAUUGAUGUUAGCAAAGGUUGCAAUAGAACAUUUGAUGACCAAAUGAAGUUUGUCAACAGCCUCUAUUCUCAGAUUGUUAAGUCAAAGAAGCCUAUCGUUGUUGCUGCCACAAAAUGUGAUGAGUGUGUGGACCAGCACCUGAGGGACCUGCAGACCUUUGUUGCCAGCAAGAAGAACCUGCUGCUAAUUGAGACGUCGGCACGCUCCAAUGUCAACGUGGAGCUCUGCUUCAAUGCGCUCAUCCAGCAGCUAGAUAAAACCAGGGGGAAGCCAAAAACUGUGUCAUACCUUGAGGCCUAUAAAAUCCAACGGCAGCUUGUUGCCUCAGUAACAGAUAGAUUUGACAAACUGAUGGUGAACACAGUGAGAGACUAUCAUAUCACGUGGAAAACAGUGAUGAAUAAUAUGAAAGGCCAGCCUGACUAUGACGACUUCAUCACCUUGGAGGGCUCCAGGAAAGCACGCAAUAUGUUCACAAAGCACAUUACACAACUGAAGCAGGAACACAUUAAGAGGAGGAGGGAAGAGUACCUGACAACACUACCGAAAACCCUUAACAACAUUCUCAAUAACCUGGAAGAAGUUGAACACCUCACAUGGCCUGAGGCGCAGAGUGUUAUUCGGAACCGGCCUGAUUUCCAUUACUGGUUUGUGGUUCUGGAACAUACGCCAUGGGAUGAGAGCGACCACAUUGACAACAGCGACCGCAGGAUACCCUUUGACCUGCUUGAUACGCCUGAUGGUGAGAGAAUUUACCACAACCAUGUUCAGCACUUGCUGUCAGAGAAGAGGAGGGUGGAGAUGAAAGAGAGGUUCAAGAAGACGCUGGAGAGGGUUCAUUUUAUCAGUCCAGGGCAGCCGUGGGAGGAAGUCAUGUGCUUUGUCAUGGAGGAUGAGGCCUACAAGUACAUCACAGAAUCAGAUAGGAGGGAUGUUUACUGUAGACACCAGCAGGAAAUAGUUGAAAGGGCCAAAGAGGAUUUUCAGGAAAUGCUUUUCGAGCAUGCUGAACUAUUCUAUGACUUGGACCUGAAUGCCACCCCCAGCUGUGACAAGAUGAGUGAAAUUCACAGUGUGCUGAAUGAGGAGCCUAGAUACAGAGCACUGCAGAAACUUGCCCCAGAUAGAGAAUCCCUCCUCCUCAAGCACAUUGGGUUUGUUUACCAUCCCACCAAGGAGACAUGCCUGAGUGGGCAGAACUGUGUGGAUCUGAAAGUGGAGCAGGUUUUAGCAAAUAGGCUGGUGCAGCUCGACCACGGACGCUCUAAUCUGUACUAUAACAGUGCCAACAUCGAUAAGAUCAACCUCUGCCUUCUGGGAAAGGAAGGUCUCUCACAGGAACUAGCCAAUGAGAUCCGUGCUCAGUCCACAGAUGAUGAGUACACCCUGGAUGGUAAAAUUUAUGAACUGGAGCUUCUUUCUGUGGACGUCAACUCCACACUGCUCUUCAGCCAUACGUGGGUCAACACUUUCAAGCCACAUGGGUGCUUUUGUGUUUUCAACUCCAUAGAGUCCCUCAACUGUAUUGGAGAUUGCAUAGGCAGGAUCAGAGCAGAGAUAGUACAAAGUAAGAGAGACAGGUUCGCGCAGCCACUGCCAUUCAUUCUCAUCCUGGCAAAUCAGAGGGACAGUGUUUGCAAAAAUAUACCUAUCCUGAGGCACCAGGGCCAACAGUUGGCAAACAAGUUGCAGUGCACCUUUGUCGACAUCCCCUCCGGGGCCUUUCCACGUAAAUUCACAGAGUUCCAAAUUAAGCAGGGUCUGCGAGCAGUGCUGGAGGGGCUGAAGCAUAACUUUGAUGUGUUGGCCCCACUGCCCUGUAUCAAAGACAUGUCAGAGACAGACCUUAGGAUAGUCAUGUGCGCCAUGUGCUGGGAUCCUUUCAGCGUUGACCUCAUCCUCUCACCUUUCCUGGACUCACAUUGCUGUAGCGCUGGACAGCCAGGCCAGAGCAACACACUGAUACUGGACAAGAUCAUCGGCGACAGCAGGAGGAGGAUCCAGGUCACUGUCCUCUCCUUCCACACCGCUAUCGGUGUCCGGAAAGAUGAAUUGGUACACGGCUACAUUUUGGUCUAUUCUGCCAAACGCAAAGCUUCCAUGGCGACUCUGCGGGCGUUCUUGGCUGAAGUUCAGGAUGUGAUCCCUGUCCAGAUGGUGGCGAUCACAGACAGCCAGGCAGACUUCUUUGAGAAUGAUGCCAUCAAAGAGUUGAUGACAGAGGGAGAGCACAUUGCCACAGAGAUUGCUGCCAAAUUUACAGCACUUUAUUCGCUGUCACAGUAUCAUCGACAGACAGAGGUUUUCACACCCUUCUUCAAUGAGGUGCUGGAGAAGAAGUCAAGCAUUGAGAGUUCCUUCCUGUUUGACAACUCAAUGCGUGAGUGUACCACUGGUGCGAGUGAAGAUGUAUUCCCCACCUCACCCCACAGCCAUUCCCCAGCCUACAACACCUAUUACCCAGAGUCUGAUGAUGAUAACGAGGCCCCCCCACCUUACAGUCCAAUAGGUGAUGAUGUUCAGCUUCUCCCUACACCCAGUGAGCGGGCCAAGUACCGGAUCGACCUAGAAGGCAAUGAGUACCCAGUUCAUAGCACACCUGUUGGAGAGCCUGAACGCAACCACAAAGUGCCUCCACCCGUCCGGCCCAAACCAGCGCUCUCCAAGCCAAACAUCAAAAAGCUGGACCCCAAUCUGCUCAAGACCAUUGAGGCAGGCAUGCGAAGUAACCGCAGGAUGCCUCGAGGCCCAGUGGCUCACACUGAGGACGUAGAGGCAUCAGACAACUAUGCAGACCCUGUGGACACCUUGCUGAGGUCCAGGGGCUUCCACAACGAUGACAUAUAUGCUGUGCCUGAUGACGCACACGGCCGUCUGGUCAAAAUAAAAAACUCCUUUGGUGGGUUACAUGAUCCUCAUGGAGGAGGAGAGGAAGAGAAUGGAUUUGACAGGAAGUCUCAGGUUGCACGGCGACCAUCGAAAUACAAACAUCGUUCUAAAAUUCUGUUCAGCAAGACAAAGGCGUACCAAAGACGAUUCCACUCUGACAGCGAAGGGGAGGAGCCUGGUCUCACCACGCAGAAAAAGAAAAAGGGAAGAGCUCACCGGGGUAGUGAGGAGGACCCACUGUUGUCUCCUGCUGACCCCUGGAAGGGUGGGAUAGAUAACCCUGCCAUCACCUCUGACCCCGAGCAGGAGGACAAGAAGAUGAAGAAGAAGAAGACUCCCAAGAUGCCAAAGGAACCGAAGAAGCAGAAAUCCUCCAAGCCCCCCAAGCCUCUGUACCCCCCAACCCGGAGAACCUGGGAAAGCAACUACUUUGGUGUUCCCCUGCAGAACCUGGUGACCCCAGAGCGACCCAUCCCACUCUUUAUUGAGAAAUGUGUGGACUACAUUGAGCAUACGGGUCUCACAACAGAGGGUCUGUAUCGCGUCUGUGGGAACAAGACGGACCAGGACAACAUCCAGAAGCAAUUUGAUCAAGAUCACAACAUCGACUUUGUGGCGAUGGACGUGGCGGUGAACGCUGUCGCUGGAGCACUGAAGGCUUUCUUCGCCGACCUGCCCAACCCACUGGUCCCCUACAGCCUGCACCCAGAGCUGGUGGAGGCCGCAAAAAUCGUGGACUACAUUGAACGCCUGCAGGUCUUGAGAGAGAUUGUGAAGAAGUUUCCUCCUGUCAACUACCAGGUCUUCAAAUACAUCAUCACACACCUCAACAGGGUGAGCCAGCAGAGCAAGACCACUCUGAUGACAGCUGACAACCUGUCCAUCUGCUUCUGGCCCACGCUGAUGCGGCCUGACUUUGAGAACAAGGACACGCUGUCCACCACCAAGCUGAACCAGGCUGUAAUCGAGUCCUUCAUUGUGCAGAGUGACUACUUCUUCCACGGCGGCGAGGUAGCUGAGAGCUCCAGCAGCGAGGGGACACCGCCACCGCAUUGCCACAACAUGGUGGAGGUCCUGCUGCCACUGCAGCUGCCCCCGCCCCUGCAGCCGCAGCAGAUCCAACACACCCUGCCCCCCGACCCACUGAUCUGAGACCUGGAGGAGCCUGCUGGGAAAUUUAGGCUGAAGCUGUUUGUCUGUGCUGCCAGGCGCUUUUGGCCACGGUUGCCUGGAGGUCGUCUUGUGCUCAACAAAAUGCUGGUCAGCUGUUGCGAUUGAAUAAACAAAAACCUGGUGAUUUUUAGGGAUUCAGCAGGCAGCUGCUGUUUGUCGUCAACUUUGAGGUGAAUGAGCUUUGGGGCUUAGAGACACACGGACCGAUCGAACCUAAUCUGUGGGAUCUGCUCAUCCUGCGAGGUAAAUCCUGGAUUAGAGAAUUACAAUUGGACGUCACAUUUGGAACAUAUUUUUGGCUCUGACUGCCCCUUUUUACAAUGCAGAGUGAAAAACUGAUUUAAUUUGGCACAUAGUGACAACACUAAUCGUUUAGCAGGGUCGGACUUAGACUACAGGGAUCCUGGGCCGUGCUGGGGGUGAAUAACGAUUCCUGUCCUGUCUCUGCCUUGAUGAAAGAGCACACUGGGGUCCUAAGCAAGUCCCCCUAACCCCCACCCUCCUCGUCCCUGCUCUGAGGCAUGCUAAAAGGGAAGUUAAAACUUAGAAAGCCCCAGAGCUCAAAACUGACUGCUUCAUUAUCUGUUUGACUGACUGGUUCUCCGACCCACUCGCUGGCUGUUUGUGGGCUGAAAGGAAUUCAGGGACUCUUCCUGCAGAUCUUCACAUUUCAGCACAGGAACACGCUUCUGCUUCUUGUUCUUCUGUUGCCCUUUGACCCAGAAACGGUCAGUGAGAGGAGGCGAGGGUACGAACGCCACCUUAGACUCGAGACGUCAGAUGGAGAAGCUGUGACACCGGAGCUUCACAGAAACAUAACAACUGUAAUUAUGUUUAGUUCCAGGAGGGGGGAGGAGCCCUGCUUUCAAAUGCUAACAGAAAUGUCCCCUUCCCACUACGUGAACUUUGACCCCCUUUAAGGACAGUACAUGCACGAGUUGUCAAAGUUCCCACAUGCCAAUUUCAUGUCUCUUUGCGUUCAUGUAGUUAUCAUUUCGACAGAUUUCUUUGAAAAAUAUUUUUUGUAACGUUGAAUUUCUACUAGUUUGUGUGUGUGUGUCUGUGUGAUGAUGUGUGUAUCU